GUGCACUGAAGUUUCUGUAACGAUUUGGUUAAGUUUUGGAGGUGGAGUUGCCAGCACCAUUCCCCAACCCUCAUUCUUUACCGGCACUUGGAACCGACUAGAAAAUAAAGGGGGAAGUUAGUGAUGUAUUUUCAUAUCCUCAGUCACUAAGUAAUGGACAUUGUACAGCCUUCAGUUUGCCGCAUCUUACAAAAGGCGGCGUUGUAACGCGUACGAAGAGAAAGUUCAGUAUAUAAUUUGCGCACUGUAAUAAUUCCUAAAUGUACUUGUUUCAUAGUUAGUGUAUUAUUAGCUUGCUAUUCCUCCUUAAAUCCUGAUGAAGAAUGUGAAUGGGUUUCCAGUUAUGUUGUAUAUUGCUCCUGCAGCUGCUCUUAUCGGUGUUCAUGUUGGAGAUGAGUUUUCUAUUUUAUUGUGCUUGCACUAUGUAUUGUGCAGAGUGUUUUCGCGAGUUAGCACCAGUAGUUUAUUGCUUGUCUUUACAAUGGGUACAGUAUUGGCGUCUGAAAUAAUGGCGCUGCGAAUUCUCUUACCAGCAUCAUGGCAUGCACCAGUCAAUAUAUUGUAUAUUUUACUUGUCAAUUCCUUUUUAUGUCAUUAUUUGUUGUGGUCAUUGAUGGAGUUUUCUCUGGUUAAUAUUGAACAUGAAAUUCUCGAAAUUCCAACUUUCAGCAGUUUGCCAACAAGUAGUUGUAUGCUGAUCACGUUGUUGGGAUUCGGCCAUUGGAAGAAACACAUGUCUUUACUGACGAGUGUUAUAGGUUUGCCUACCCUAUGGCUUUUCUGCAGAUAUAAGCCACAAGAGCAUCUCGAAAGUCUUUGGAAUUCAAUCAUAGACAUAUGCACUGGUAUCCUACUAAUUCUCUUUCCUGCUUUAAAUUACAUCUAUUACUUUGCCGGUGGUGAGGAGCCAUUCUUAAAAUUCUUGGCAGAAAUUCUGUUUCUAAUCACAACAACGAAUGUGUUAUUAUCACAACUUCAUAUCCGAAGUGUGUUUACGCCUAAAAACAGCUUUUAUAAGCGGAUUUUCAAUGUGAUUCCUGUGUUUAGUGGAAUUAUUCUGUUGAUGUUUCACACAGAUUUUCUAGACGUACUAUUCAACACGCCUGAUUAUCUGGCUACAUUUUUUGUGCAUUUUCUCUUCUUUUUUAUCCUGAUCUCUGUGACAUACAUACGAUUGCAUCAUCAAACAAUUCAAAAACAAUAUGUUUUAAAAUGUAUCUCCCUCAUAUUAUUAUUCCUAAUGAUCGGUUUAUAUUGGAAUAAACUUUCAAAAACCUUGAGUAUUUCUCAACAUCCCCUUUGGAAUAGAAGACUUAUGAAUCAGUUGUUUUGGAGUAGUGUUAUUUGUCUUAUAUCUUCGAUAUCUACUCUGUUCGCCUACGAAUAUGGAAAUCAAGAGUUAUUUGAUUUAGUCUUAGGCGUUUGCUUUUACGUCUUUCAUUAUUCUGAAUGGUGCUUAUAUAUGACGAUUAGCAUUUCGGAAUCUUGGUUAUUCGUUUCUUCACUAAUCAGUAUUGCAUUUGUAUUUUUAUUGUUUGCAAUUAUAAAAGGAAGUAGCGUGAGGAAUAGCACAUUUUACGUCUUCAGUCGGAGAUCUAAAAUUCAGCUAUUCAAUUGGCACGUCUUUUCUACAUGCUGUUUGGUGCCAGCAUUAUUAAAACUUGUUUUACUCUGGAUAAAUAGGUUUAUCACCGAUUCUUCUCAGCAGAAUGUAAUGGAUCACCGGGCAUAUUUUGAGAAGGGUUUUGUGCUGGGAUUGUAUUUAGUUAUUCUGGGAUUUGUUUGCAUUGAAAGGAUACAUCUUUUUGCAAAAGAACUGACCACCUGGUUACUGAAAUUUCCGAUACUGACCUCAUAUUUCAGACAGAAUCAUAUCAUCAUUGAGUCAGUAACUUUAAUAGCUUACUUUCAUUGUGCUAUCACAUUGGUUUGGCCUCAGGUUCUCAUACUAAUGCAUUCACAGACGGAAAUGUCUGUAACUUCAUAUACAUGCAUAUUGAUCCAGUUAUCUGCUUCAUGUCUGAUGACCAGCUUAGCUCAAAUUCUACCGUCUCUGUUUCGUAUAAAUUGGUCUAAUGCUGAAAUGUCUACACAUAGUCGUUGUCUUGGCAAACUUGGCUUUUUACUAUUAAUGUGGUUUGUUAAUUCAAGACAGUUAGAUCUAACUUUGUCUGGAGUGCUUGUUUACGUCGCAGCUAUGCCAACUGUCAUUUUUUGUGCAACUUGGAUGAUUUGUUUUUGUAUCUUCGUAUUUUCUAUGAAAAAAUUCACACUAACUAUCAGCAGUGUUGUCAGUUAUCUUCUUGAGAAUGCGAUCGUAACAAUCCUAUUGAUUCUGUCUUGUUCUUUUUGUACAUUGGUAAUGAUGAAUUUAAUUCCUCCCAAUCUGACUUCAUUUUUAAUGUUAUCAGUCUACAUAUCAUGUGUAGUCUGUCUUAUUCUUUGGGAUAUAAAUAGUGAUCUACUGGUUAGUCAGUUGUUACAUUACCAAUCUUAUAAUCAUCGAAAUCCAGAAAUUAAAAAUCCAAUCACCGUCAUUGAUACUCAAGACUUCAAUGAUGAGUCCUGUGCAGAGAAGGAUUCUGAAUCUUUUACAAAUGAAUCAAGUGAAGAUCGUUCGGCUGUUUCGGAGGUGUUUUGUCAUUUGCUAAUAAGGUUAUGCAUGUUGUGUUGUGGAUUAGUGAGUUUACUUGGCUCACUGGCCUACGCGACGUAUUCCAUGGAAUUGCCAUCAGAUAAUGUGUGUCAAUUGUAUUCAUUAUUUUCACUGAAAGUUUUUGGCAUAGCACAAGUAUCUGUUGGAUAUCCUCAACGGUGGCUGUGCGACAAGAUACGAUGCCGAUCUUCUCGUCUUUUUAACAAUGAAUCCAAAGUCUUGCAAUUCAUCUUGACUUGUGUGGUGAACUCAAGUAUCGUUUUAUCAGUUAUCCUCCGUUUUCAAUUCUGUUCAAGUUUUAAAACGGACUUGGAGGUUUUCUUUUUACCAUGGAUUGUAUUUACUUUUCACGGAAGACUAUUCAACCGUUACCGACAUAUAUUAGCGUUAAUUUGCUUUACUAUUUUCUUAGUCUAUUUGAUAUUUCUUAAUUCUCCGGUAGUCAAAGGUUAUUCACCACCCUUACCAACAUUUGAUCGUCAAUUUUUUGGAAAGUCUAAUUCAUCAGUUUAUUAUUGGAGUGAAUUUUUACUGACUAUUGCAUUAAUUCCGCUUCAUAUACUCUUUCUUACAGAUCAGUUGGAUUUGAGUACACAAUCCCUAGUGAAUGUUAUAUUUUUCAAUUAUUUUGGCCAGUCGCAUAAUCAGCAUUUACCUUCAUCUAUAUGUUUUAAAUGUAUUAAAUUGUAUAUGGCGAAUUGUUUAAGUUGCAUUUUUGCAUAUAUUCUAUGCACUAGUUAUGUAUUACUACCAUUAUGCAUAAGUUAUUGGUUUAUUGCCAGUUCUUUUGCAUCAGCUAUUUUUGGAUUUUAUAGUUUUAUUAUAUGUAUUUAUUUAUUACUCCGUGUAGACGUGGUCACAGACGAUUACUAUGCGUAUCGGUAAAACAGUUUCGACAACAGCGGUAUCUACACAUAUAAAAAGCAUUUAUUUUAUUUAUCUUACAUUAUUCCAUUUAUUCUCAUUUUCUUUUUUUUAAAAAAAGAACUUGGGAUUACUAAUCUGUGUACCUUCGUAUAUUUUAUAUAUGUAUUACUAUUAGUAAUAAAUGUGAUAUACUUCAUCAACUGAUUAGACUGUUUUCUUUCUUCUGUGAUUCGUUAUUAAUUCAACCACGUAUGUGUGUAUUUCUAUGCUUGUAUGUGUGUGUGUCAGUCAUUUCAGCUUGCACAUAUUUCUGUAUUCUUUAUGAUUAUUGUUGUUAACUGUGAUGUAAAUAUUCGGA